AUGAUUCACUUUUCGCGCAUCACUUCUUCCGCAUCAUCUUUGCUACUCUUCCUUGUGCUCCUACUUGCCAGCAUGACCGAACCAACAAACGCAGGUCCCAUUGCUGCUGGCAGUGGUGUCGCCAUGUGCUACUCUGCCUGCAAUGCCGGUUACGUUACUUGCAUGGUUGGCUGCGGAUUGGUUGCAGGAGUGGCAGGUCCCAUGGCAGUACCAGCCGCAGCAGGGUGCUCGACCACGCAAGGGGCUUGCAUGGCGGCCUGUACCACUGGUGGAUUGGUGGCUUUGGUUACUCCAACUCCUUAA